CCGUGCAGCCGCUCCGACAACGUCAGACACAAGAACGAAAGAAGACCAGGCGAAAUUCUGACAAGGCAGAGGCUACCAAAGAAGCUGAAGAUAACGAAGUAGCUGAAGAUAUAGACUCGCAAGAUGGUGGGAUGAACGAUGAAAUACAACCAGCGCAAAAGCAGGAACCAGAAGAGAAGAGUAUCCCGUCGGUUGUCGUUGAGAAGAGAAAGCCCAAAAAAUAUCUUCCAUUUACAAAACAAAUGAAGCAGGCAGAACAAGCACGGAAAGAACGCCAAAAGAACGAGAAGGAGCGUGAAAUCAAAAUCAAGACGCGAGAGAAUAGGUUGAAGCUAUCAAAGAAAGAGCGAAGAAAGCGAUCGAAACUGUACAGGAAAGUCACAACAAAGGGACAGCCCUUGUUGAAGCAUAAAUUAGAUAUGAUGCUCUCGCAAAUCCAGGGCGAGCAAUGACAUCAGAAAUCGGACAUUUCGUCAAAUGUUACCGCCCACAGAACGUCGUAGCCGUUUCUUAAAUGUAGGACGCACUCAUGAACUUGCUGGUGGCAGACACACGGUGUAGGACAGAAUCCAACUCAAAAGAAACAAGGCGAACGCAGGCAUCAUACCCUCUGUCUGAAUCGAGCCCACUGCUGAGAUUUCCUCCGCGUCGAUUUCAUUUGUUAUGGAUAGAAGCACAGGCGGAAGCAUGGCGCCGGCGAGAAUGAAUGUCAUGACACACGGGGCUCCUGUGAGUUGCAAAACGCCGAAAAUAGUACCGAAAGCAACUGCGAUGGUUUGGCGGAGCCAGUGUGAGGCGUUGAGGGCUUCCUGAGGGGUGAGUUCGUAGGUUUUGUCCAGAACCUUACCCCAGAGCAAGCGGGACACCGGCGGCGGGGUUUCGGGUUUCGCCUCCGUGUGCGCUUUCCCUUUGUCAGCAGGUUUUGCGGAUCCUUUGCCAGGCCGCGAUCGCACGCCCAUGAUGCGACGUUCAAUAAGAGGGAAUGGGAGAGAGGGGCAGGCGCGGGAUAAGGAAGGAGUUGUUGUGGCGGCGAAUAAAAGUAUGUGCCUGUGGGCUGAGGAAGAGUCGGGGUCGGCGUGGAAGAGGUUGUGAUGCGGCGGGGCAGGCCUGGACAAAACGGCAAGAAUUCGUCACCUCAAUCCCUUUGGAUCCGGAUUCGGCCAUCCCGAAGGCGCGAAUAUUUUACACAUGUAUACACGUGUGUACGUACGGCAACGUGAGAACCAUCGAGAUUGCGUAACGCGCUUCUGGCCAGUCAUUUCCUGACAGCUUUUCCUACAGCGAUGUUCGCAUUGCGAGGUUAGAGCUCAAAAGCUAAAGGUUACCCUUAAGUUAUCGAUGCAAAGCUGCCGUAACUAAAAAUCUUCAACUGUUA